UGUGAAAUAAUGGAACAAAAUAAUGUAAAAAUGGUAUCAAAAUUAGGUCUUGGAGACUUGGACAUGUCCUACCAAUUCCAAAUUUAUGUGAAAAAACACCAUUUUCUUUUUUUUAAUUACAGUUCUACCCUCAAGUCAUAUUAUCAAUAGUUUCAUCACUUCCAAAUCCGGUAUAUAUUGGGGUAGUACAUCUUCAAAACCCUAGCUACUCUUCCAUCGUCGGCUCGGGCUAUCACAGGAUCAAGGAAUGGCUCCGAAACAGGCCAGUUCUGGGCUUUUUGUUGGUCUGAACAAAGGCCAUGUGGUUACCAAGAAGGAGCUAGCUCCAAGGCCCUCAGACCGGAAGGGAAAAACAAGCAAGAGAGUCCAUUUUGUCCGGAACCUAAUCAGGGAAGUGGCUGGAUUUGCACCAUAUGAGAAGAGGAUAUCUGAGCUUCUGAAAGUUGGAAAGGACAAGCGUGCUUUGAAGGUAGCCAAGAGAAAGUUGGGCACUCACAAGAGGGCAAAGAGGAAGAGAGAGGAGAUGUCUAAUGUUCUCCGAAAGAUGAGGGCUACCGGAGGUGGUGACAAGAAGAAAUAAACAUUCUCGAACUAGGUUUAUGGCGAUGUCUUAUUUUGGAAGUUCAAUGAGUUGAAGUAUGAGCAGAUUUACAUUUUCUGCGUAUAUUUGUUGUUUUUCGAGAUGGAUUUACUAAACAAAGUUCCCCUUAAUAUAUCAAGUCCUUUGUAGACUAUUUUCAGCUAUCCUUUCGUAAAUUCGCGUGGUGUUCUUUUGAUCUAGCUGUAUCAGUGGU